AUGACAACCCAGUUGAUGCUUUUGAUGGCCCUAUCGGUCGCAUCAAUUUUUGCCGAGUCCUCUGUUUAUUUCCGAGAACAAUUUGAAGAUGGGGGUAAGUUAUGCAUAAAUACUGAACCUACUAGUACUUGUUUUUAUAAUUGUUUUUGGAAAUUGUAAAUGUGAUGAUUAGACUACAUAUCAUAUGUUGGAUGAGUGUCGCAGAGACACAACUUCAUAGCCUGCUCACUUUAUGCAAAAUCUACUUGGCAUGCUCAAAAUAUCAUUCACAUUUAGAUGAUAUGUUCUGAUUUAGUGAUUACUCAUCCAAAAUACCAUCAAUGGGUUGCACGCACUGCCCCCUAUCCCCUCCCUUUCCCAGAACAACUACUUAGUUCCUUAGCCCUUGCCAAGUGACUCUGCCCUCAGUGUUCAGGUGACUUACUCCUGAUUUUGUAUGACCAUUUUGCAGAUGCCUGGAAAAGCCGAUGGGUGGAAUCCAAACAUAAGUCAGACUAUGGGACGUUUGUUCUCACUGCUGGGAAAUUCUAUGGUGAUGUAGAGAAAGACAAAGGUGAGACGAGAUCAAAGGUACCUCUGUCUUGCAUCCAUUUUAGGAUCCAGCAAUAAGAUUUGGUGCAUCUAGCUGUUUCUCAAUAGGUAAUUUGAGCAGAGUUGCCCUUGGGUUGACUUGAGUUUUUGUGAAGUAUUUCUUAUGUGUUUAAAAAAAAUUCAGGCCUUAAAACCAGCCAGGAUGCUCGCUUUUACUCUGCAUCCUCCCGCUUUGAGUCAUUCAGCAACAAAGACCAGCCACUGGUAAUCCAGUUCACUGUGAAACAUGAACAGAACAUUGACUGUGGUGGAGGCUACAUCAAGCUGUUCCCAGCUGAUCUCAACCAGGAGGAAAUGCAUGGAGAUUCCACAUACAACAUCAUGUUUGGUGAGUCUACAUUAUCCUAUUGGUAAGCGAAAACAUUGGAGAGUAGCCUACAUAUGUAAGGGUGGAAUGGACCAUUGUCAUGUUCCAUUCUAUAUUGAGCGUCCCCUAGGUAUUGUUAUCAGUUGCCUGUCUACUUUAUACCACAUGCUAUUGUCUGUGUGAAGUUACAUUCCUGUGGUUGUUUUGUCUGUCUUAGGUCCUGACAUCUGUGGUCCAGGUACUAAGAAAGUUCAUGUGAUCUUCAACUACAAAGGCAAGAAUCACUUGAUCAACAAAGAUAUAAGAUGCAAGGUAAGAAGCAUUGUUGUGGUUCUGCUAUAGCAGUUCUGCUAUAUUUUCUAUUCAAUGCUAGCAGUUGUAUUUGUCUUCUAUGAGCUUCACCAUCUUAUCUGUAGUAACAUUUCUGCUGUCCCACCAUUUUCUCAGUAGGACGUUUUAAUAGUGUUGGACUUAUAAAUGGGUUAAAGAGACAUUUAUUAUUUUGUUGCAGUUUCUUAAUCAAAUCAUAUCACAAACUAAUGCGUUUUAGUUACUUGUUUUGUGGAUAAAACCACCACCUUUAACAAUUUUGCUUGUGUGUUCCCUAGGAUGAUGAGUAUACCCACCUGUACACACUGGUAGUCAAUCCGGAUAACACCUAUGAGGUGAAGAUCGACAACAAGAAAGUAGAGUCUGGAAGCCUAGAGGAGGACUGGGACUUCCUUCCCCCCAAGAACAUAAAGGACCCUGAUGCUGAGAAGCCAGACGACUGGGAUGAGAAGGAGAAAAUGGAUGAUCCUGAAGACAAGAAACCAGAGGUACAUUUAGAAGAUACACAAAAGAAUGCAUCAGAACACCAUUUUGUUUUCUGUGGAAAAUGCAGAUGACUAUCAGUGCAAAGGACAUUAUUAAGCCGCUGUUUCUUUUAGGACUGGGAUGUGGCUGAGAACAUCCCUGACCCUGAUGCCAAGAAGCCUGAUGACUGGGAUGAUGAGAUGGAUGGUGAAUGGGAGCCUCCCAUGGUCACGAACCCCGACUAUAAGGUAGGCCUCCAUGGUUGUUUGUACUGAUGGCCACAAGGAUCAGGUGUGAUUGUACUACACUAGGUGAGAUGUCCUCUUGCCAUUUUGACUAAGUUGUUUCUAGCUACUUGCUUGGAUACUUAGUGUGAAAAAAAUUAUUUUGCAUAGGGAAAUAAUGACUUUCUGACAUUGUUUUUCCCAGGGGGAGUGGAAACCCAAACAGAUUGACAAUCCUGCCUACAAGGGGAAAUGGGUGCACCCUGAAAUUGACAACCCAGACUACACUGCUGACCCUGAAAUCUACCAAUAUGCCAGCAUGGGGGUGAUUGGAUUGGAUUUGUGGCAGGUAGAGUUACUGACUCUGAUCCUUGAUUGAAGUGUGACGCUGUUUAAUGUUUAACUUUUACUAUUCUUUUGAGACUGUUUUUUGAGAAUGAAUAGAUAUUAACCAAUGACCUUUUCAUUAUUUUACAGGUGAAGUCGGGCACUAUAUUUGACAAUUUCCUCAUCACCAAUGACCCAAAACUUGCAGAAGAAGUGGGGAACGAGACAUGGGGUGCAACAAAGGUUAGUCGAUGGUCUCUAGUGAUUUACCACCAAAACAGUUCCUGUUAUUAGAUUGAGUUGUCAUAUAAUAUGGCUUUUCUAAAAGGUGAUGUGUGCAGUAUCUCCUACCCUGUCAAUAACUGGGCUUUUUUUCUGUAUACACAGGACCCUGAAAAGAAGAUGAAGGACAGUCUGGAAGAGGAGGAGAGAAAGAAACGUGAGGCAGAAGAGAUUAAUAAAAAGGAUGAGGAAGAUGAAGAAGAUAAGGAGGAGGAGGAGGAAAAAGAGGAGGAGGAGGAAGAAGACUAUGACGAGGAAGAAGAAGAAGAAGAAGAAGAAGAAGAGGACAAGGAGGAGGAAGAAACAGACUCUAAACUCAAGGAUGAGUUAUAA